GUAUAAACCAAACCCUAACAUCCUCAUGCACUUACAUCUCUAUCAAACAAAGCUUAAACUCUCUGAAUUUCCUUCAUUUCCACCAACAAACCAAGAGUCAUGGCCAAGGAAGGAGACUUCAAAAGGGUGGACUUGAAGGUCUCAGCUAAUUGCUGUGAAGGUUGCAAGAAGAAGGUGAAGAAAGCUCUAAUGAAUAUUGAUGGGGUUGUAGGCACCCAUGUCCAUGUAUCUGAACCAAAAGUCACAGUUGUCGGCAACGUCGAUGUCCAAAUUCUCAUCAAGAAGCUUGCGAAAGUAGGCAAACCCACAGAGAUAUGGCCCGGCGAGGAUCGGACAGUUGACAAUAAACAAAAGAAAGAUGAGAGUAGUGCAAAGGUUGUCGAACAAGAUGAAUCAGGUGCGAAGAAAAAGGAGAAAGGCGUAGAUGGUGGAAACAAGUCCGAAACCACUGAUAAGAUUAAUGAAAAUGAGAGUAAGAAAGGUAAGAAAAAGGAUCCCAAAGGGGACGGUGCAAGCACAAGCAUGAAUGAUUCUACAUCUGAAACUAUGAAAACUGUAAAUCCUCCACCACAGGUGAAUUGCACCAUUUCUCCAGGUAUAGUGCACAGGGACUGUGAUGUUGCAUCCGAUAGGCAGUGUUUUAUGCCAGGGCCUUCUAUGGUUGCCACACCAUAUUAUAUUAUAGAUGCUUCUCCGGCCCAUCUACCAUUCAACGUUGACGAUGGUUACUACCAUCACAUGCCAGUAUCUCACCAACCACCUCCAGUGCGAUCACCGGAGCCGAUGUUCCCCGACUAUUACAGUGAUGACGAGUCCAUCGGAUGCAGUGUAAUGUGAGGACCCCAUUCCUUUACCAUGGUAAAAAUAGUUGUAGUAUUUUAUAGAAGUCAGUAGAGAAUAUUAGUAGCUCUUAUGAUCGUUAUAGCAGUAUUUGUAAGCAUGGUUUCAGAGAAGUAUCUUUUUCCAUUUUCCGUAGUUCAUCGGCAUGGAUUCUUUCCUCUUUUCAAUGGGAAUUAGAGCUAUGGUUAUGGAAA